CAGACAGGCGGAUAACGCGCUCCGAGUCUCUCCGACGACGAGGGCGGCGACGCAGUAAGGAAACGGAAGGCGCGACGACUGCGUGCGCAGUGCCCGACCGAUCUACCCGCUCUGCCUGCCCGCCCGCCCGCCCGCCCGCGGGCCUCGUGGUUCGCCCUCGCCUGACGCGUCGUCUCCAGGGUGCGGUCGGUUGAGUAAUUAGGUUUGGACGACGAGAAAGCGGAGUCGUCUUCGUCGUCGUCGGCGAGUCGGAGGUUGGCUUGUUGCUUCGGUUUGGGGAUUUGGAGAUUGCUGAACAAGGCUUCAAGCAUGUCGCCAGGAAUCAUGGUAACGCAGCUUGCACAGGGUAUUGGAGUCAUUGCCGGGGCGUGGGCGAUCAAGUCUAUCAUGGAUGCAGAGAACGAGAAGCCUAUGGCUGGGGGAUACUCUCGGUGCCCUACAUGUAACGGGUCUCGAAGGGUGCCUUGCCUGUGCAACCGCUGGUCUGACAAGGAUGUAGGUUGCAGCACUUGCAGUGGAAGUGGGCAGAUGAGAUGCAACAGCUGCGGAGGUAGUGGGACGGGCAGACCUCUCCCGGUGCAAAUUCAGGCUACCAAUAUUCCUGGAGGAUCCAGGCGGUCCUCAUAAGUCCCCGCACUUGGGUUUCUCUGUCAAUUUAGCUGUUUCAUGUCUCUCGCCUGGAUUGUGGAAUUCACCGGCUGCAUCUCCUAGACGCAUGCUGAUGUUGUCUUUUGUUUGAAGAGGCGAUUUCGAACAUAACCUUGCGUACUUCAGCAUAUUCUGGGUUUCGGGAUAUGAGAAAGCCGUGUUUAGGUCUACGAGGCGAAAAGCCAUCUCACCGGAUUGGGCCGAUGGUAGUAACUUGUUUUAAUCGACGUGGAGCUGGAGUUCAAAAUCGGCAUUUGUCGAUUUUGUCGAUUUAGUCUCCUUGCGACCAGGGUCCGGGUCAUACCUUUUUCGGAGCCGGUCCCAAACGGCUGCAUAGUGGCUCUUUUGUGUAUAUGUAACAUGGGUAGGAGUAAUCACACGUCCAUUAUCGUGAAGUGAAACAUUUUUGCCCUCUUCACAGUGAGCAAUUUCUACCACUAUUUGUUAGCACGUUAUCUGCGUGCUUUAGGUGCAGUUGAAUUCUGUUGUAAAGUAUGGUCUGUUGUAGAGGAGAGAUUGUCCGAAUUGGAAGCUGACGAGCAUCAUUAAAAGUGCAAGCAAAGCGUGCCGGAU